GGCUGCAGCCGGUGACAUGGACAACGCAGGGAAGGAGCGAGAAGCGGUCCAGCUUAUGGCGGAGGCAGAGAAGCGAGUGAAAGCCUCCCACUCCUUCCUCCGAGGGUUGUUCGGAGGAAACACAAGAAUAGAAGAGGCAUGUGAAAUGUAUACCAGAGCUGCAAAUAUGUUCAAGAUGGCCAAGAAUUGGAGUGCAUCUUCUUCAGCUGCAGGAAAUGCAUUUUGUCAAGCCGCCAAGCUCCACAUGCAGCUUCAGAGCAAGCAUGACUCUGCCACCAGCUUUGUGGAUGCUGGUAAUGCUUACAAGAAAGCAGACCCUCAAGAGGCUAUCAACUGCUUAAAUGCAGCCAUCGACAUUUACACUGACAUGGGAAGGUUCACAAUCGCAGCCAAGCACCAUAUCACCAUUGCUGAGAUCUACGAGACUGAGCUUGUGGACAUUGAGAAGGCUAUUGCACAUUAUGAACAAUCUGCUGAUUAUUACAAAGGAGAAGAAUCUAACAGCUCUGCUAACAAGUGUCUGCUGAAGGUGGCAGCCUAUGCCGCACAGCUGGAGCAGUAUCAGAAAGCCAUCGAGAUCUACGAGCAGGUGGGAGCAAACACUAUGGAUAACCCCUUGUUGAAGUACAGUGCGAAGGAUUACUUCUUCAAGGCAGCACUCUGUCACUUUAUAGUGGAUGAGCUGAAUGCGAAGCUCGCUCUUGAGAAAUAUGAGGAAAUGUUUCCAGCAUUUACUGACUCCAGAGAAUGUAAAUUAUUGAAAAAACUUCUAGAAGCUCAUGAAGAACAGAACAGUGAAGCUUACACUGAAGCAGUGAAGGAAUUCGACUCAAUAUCACGUUUGGAUCAGUGGCUGACCACCAUGCUGCUUCGUAUCAAGAAGUCCAUCCAGGGGGAUGGAGAAGGAGAUGGAGACCUCAAGUGAGGCGCUGACGUCAUUGUGGCAUGCAGCUCAUUCCUUUUUAUUUUGUCUUCAGGCAGAGCUCUCUUUCUGAGAUGCCCAUUUAAUGACUUAAUUUUGUUGUAAAUAAGCCAGCCACACAGUUUAUGUAUUGUUUUAGCUCACCAUGUCUGUGUGAUGUGAGAAUCGGAGGCUUCUAUUCAGUUUGUGGUCAUGACAACCAAAGUACAUCAUGCUUAUCCGAGUCCUCAUAGUUUCCUGAGAAGUACUGCCAAAUCUUUUUCCUGUUCCUUUGAAAUUUUCAGGGCCCAUGGUUAAUGUUGCCACGUUUUGUGUUUUCUUUUUUCUUGAAUUCUGGUCCUCAACCCAGUUUUAUAGAUGCUUUGCAAAGUCCCUGUGCAUUGGUAUCCGGAUGCAACCUUUAUACAAAUGGCUUAGUUUAGGGUGGUUAUUAGGAAUAAGUUUGUAAUUCAGUAGAAACUGUUUGGCUUUCUUUUAUAGGUGUUAGUGAUGUUUUUUGUUUUGCUCCGUAUGCUCAUCUGCCAUAUGCUCACACAUGCAUGACAGACACUGAGAACAGCUAGGAUCUGUUGACAUCACUGCAUCACUAGGGGAAGGAACUUGUUGGCCGGUCCUGAGAUCCUGUUUGUUAUGUGGAUGGACGUCAAGGUAGAUUUCAUUGUUUCUGUUUUACUCACACACAUAUAACUCACACAAAACCUAUGAAAUGGAAUUUUCUCCUUCUCAGUUUCCACUUUUAGUUGGAAUGGAAAUCCCUUCAUAUUUUCCUUGAACCAUCUUUAGCUGGCAGCUCCUUUAUUCACACAUUCAUACAUUCCUCACAUUGUCUCCUGGGCCACAGUCAUGCCAUACACAU